AUGGCCCCUCAUGCUGCUGAGCUAUUUGACAUGAUGAGCGGUGCCAUUGACGAAGUUGGUCCAUCACUCGUAAACAAAGUGAAUGGCACGAUCAAGUUUGAUAUUACAGGUGCUGAAACGUGGUUUGUCGAUCUCAAGAAUGGCAAAGGCAGCGUGAAGAUUGCAACGACAGAGGAUAAGGCCGAUCUGACGAUUGUUUUGUCCGAGGAGAAUUUUUUCAAGAUGAUGGACAAUCAAUUGAAUCCACAACAGGCGUUUAUGAAGGGACAAGUUCAGAUUAAGGGCAAGACGAGACUUGCUAUGAAACUGAAUCUCGUGCUAGCAGCUACUCGCAAUUAUAUGAAAACAAAAGGUAGUGAGGACAAGACUAUAGCAAAUGCUACUACUACUGCUCCUGUGGCCGUCCCAGCAGCUACUAGUGAAGGCCUUGAUUCGAAAGAAAUCUUUCGCCUGCUUGGAGAGGCCGUGGCCAAGGACGGUGCUGUCAUGGCCAAGAAGGUCAAGGGCAUUAUCCAAUUUGACAUUACCGGGGCUGGCACGUGGAAUCUAGACCUGAAAAGUACCACGCCGCUGCUUACGGAAGGGUCGAAAAAAGCUGAUGUUACCAUUACAAUCAGUGAUGCGGACUUUGUCGCCGUUGCUAUGGGAAAGCUUAAUGCACAACAGGCAUUCAUGAAGGGCAAGCUCAAGCUCAAGGGCAACAUGGCACUCGCCAUGAAGCUGCCGGUCGUGUUCGAAGCGCUCAAGCCGCAAUCCAAGCUGUAG